GUUGCCACCCAUGGUUGGGAGGUAAAAAAAACAAGCUUUUUUUGAUAUAAAACAAAGAGUGUGGCAGAAGUUACUGGUAUGGAAGGGGAAUCUGUUAUCUCAAGGGAGUAGGGAGGUGCUUAUAAAAGCUGUAGCUAUGUCUAUUCCUACUUAUGCUAUGAGUUGCUUUUUGUUUCCUAAAACUUUGUGUCAUGAGUUAGAGAUGAUGAUGGCAAAAUUUUGGUGGGGUGAUCAAUCUCGGGAAAACAAAAUACAUUGGUGUAGAUGGGAGAAGUUGUGUGUUUCAAAAUUCCAAGGUGGGAUGGGUUUUCGAGACCUUCAUCUUUUUAAUUUAGCCCUUUUGGCAAAGCAAGGGUGGAGGCUUUUAAGAAAUGAGGAUUCUCUUCUUUACAAGGUUUAUAAAGCCAAGUAUUUUCCGAAUUCAAGCUUAUUUGAUUCCAAAGUUUGUGCUAGUUCAUCUUAUGUUUGGAAGGGAAUUUGGGAAGCUCUUGAUUGUUUGAGAAAAGGUUGUAGGUGGCGUGUGGGGAAUGGGCAAACUGUUCGUAUCUUUAAGGAUCCAUGGUUACCGGAUUGUUCAAGUGUUUCAGCUUUGGUUGAGGUUGAUGAAAACUUAAAAGUUCAUUCCUUGAUAGAUGCAAGCACAGGUUGGUGGAAUGUUCAAAUGAGUCAACAUCUUUCAAAUGGGCAGUCUUCUAGUGGCAGUUCUGAAGCUGUGUUUUGGAAGUCAUUAUGGCAUCUGAAACUUCCUAAAAAGAUGAAGGUUUUUGCAUGGAGGGCGUGUCAGGAGAAGCUUCCAACCUACCUGAAUCUGAAGAAGAAACAUGUUUUGGAUGAUGCAACCUGUGUGCUAUGUAAUCAAGGUAUGGAAGAUGCUGCUCAUGCUUUGUAGUUUUGUUCGGAAGUAAGGAAUGUGUGGGGGGUUUUUUGUUCUCAAAUGGAUAACAUGCAAUCUGAGUUAUCCUUUUGGGAUCUGGCAAAUUUGGCCCGAGUUAGAGGCUCUGAUUCUUUGUUGGCCAGAUUUGUAGCUAUAACGUGGGGCCUUUGGUAUAGAAGGAAUAAAAGGAUUUAUGAGAAUAUUUCUAUGCAUUUUAAUGUGACUGUUAAUAAUGCACUUUCUUUACAACAAGAAUAUGAACAGGUGCAGCUGUUUGAUGUUUCAAAUCAGAAGAUUAGCAAGGUGGUAAGAUGGCAUCCUCCUCCGAAUGAUUUUCUGAAAUUGAACAUUGAUGGGGCCACUUUUCCUGAACAUUCUGUUGCUGGGGUUGGAGUGGUGUUGAGGAAUCAUAAUGGGGAGGUUGUCGUGGCUUGUUCUAAGGUAGAGAAAGAAGUCUCCUCUGCUGAGUUCAUAGAGGCAGUUGCGCUUCUUAGAGGUUUACAGCUGUGUGUUCAAUGGGGUGUCCCAAAGCUUAUGCUUGAAACCGACUGUUUGAUUUUGGUUAAUGCUUUGAAUGAAAAUUCUGAAUGUUUAACAGAUUUUGCAUUUAUUCUUCAAGACAUACGAAGACUAAUGGAGGGCUUCCAAGAAGUUAAAGUUGUGCAUGUCAACCGUUUAGGCAAUUUGGUGGCUCAUCUUUUGGCAAGACAUGCUUUGUUGAUUGAUGAUAUUUGUAUGUGGUGGGAUUAUUGUCCUUCUUUUGUUAGUCAAGCUAUAUGGCUUGAUAAACUUGCUAUUUGUAAGGAUAUUUGAGUUGAA